CACCACAAUGCUUGGCCUAAAAUAGAAAUCUUUGAUACAUGUGCUUCAUACUUCAGAUUAAUUUAAACAUAUUUAUCAAAGACACAAAGCAUGCUUCUUCUUUUUUUUUUUUGGGGGUCCAAAUUAAAAUCAGGAAGCAAAUUAUGACACAAAGUGAUACCAAAAUCCUUUGCUUUUCUACUCAGAAACCUGGGAUAAACAUAUGCAUAUUUCUAUCAAAGAAUCAAGAAAUUGUUUGUGUGUGUGUUUCUUUCUCUUUCUCUCUUUUCUGUACUCUCCACUCUCUGACACACACAAAAUGGUCUCCAAAUGGCGUAAAUUUGAUGCCUGAUAGUGCAAGCAAAGCAAGAACCCCACCUUUUAAUUUUAUUUUUUUUAACAGCCAUUUUUUCUCUAAAAAUCACUGUAUUCCAUUUCUUCAAGUCCUUUGAAAUAAAGGGGUUUUCUUGUUUUUUUUUUAAUAAAAAAGAAAAAGAAAAAAUUGGUUAUUAGCAGCAUCAAUUGUUCUCUGUCCUUUGAUAUUCCAACCCCUUUUUUAGCCCUUCACUACUGCUAUAAGCUCAGUGCUUAGUGCUUCACUAUCAAAACUGCACCUGCAAAACUCUCUCUUCUUUGUCUUCUCUCCAUCACCAGUCACUUUGCAGUUCAAACUGUUUUCUUAGUCCAAAUCCCUACUCAAAAACACUUUCUUAUUGCAAAGGAAGGAGCAUAAACCCAGAUGACCUUUUCUUAUGGAGCUCAGAUAAAUAUAGCAAGCAACAUCAAAUAGGAGGCUAGGGCUAUAAUUUGCUUACUCUGAUUUCCUCUCAAGGGCAGCCAACUUGCUUGUUGCUAAUCCAUAAUCAUUACUUCCUUUGUUCUUUGCUGCUUGUUCUUUUCCUUCUUCCUCUCUUCCUCUUCAUUUGGCUUUAUUCUUCCCUCUCAUAGGCAGACUAAAGAAAAUGAGACAACUUUCCAGGUAGUUUCUAAGUUAGAGUGACCAUCCACAGCUUUUUCUGCAACUCUCAAGAAGCAAAAAAUCAAACGUGAUUUAAUGCUAUGGGGUCCAAGAGCUUUAAAUUCCUUUGUUUUGAUCAUCAUGAGUAGGCUAUUUCCUUGUAGUUGUGGUUUGUGAGGGAAAAGGGAUUGUGUCAAACUCAUUUUGUCAAGACUCCAUUUUUCCCAUCAAAGAUUGCAUUUUUAUGAACUAAUUGAGUUGUUUGUAGAGAACUAGAGAUUGAUUUGUUCCAAAAAGACAAGACAUUUUCUUAGAAAAGAUUGUUUUUUUAAGAGUGAUCAAACAAUCUGUCCAUCACUUUUUAACAUUUAAUAAUUAUCUUAGUAGGCCUCUAAAUCUCUCUUCUUGUCUUGUUCUACUUCUCAAACUCUUUUGGUCUCCAACCUAACAACACCACUACUAAGAUAAAAAGGGGAGGGUCAAAGAAUAAGAAAGGAGAGCAAGCUUAGAGCAAUAAUGGAACUACCUAACCAAGAAGGGGAGAUGCCAAUUCCUCUAAACAGUACUUAUGGAGGACAUGGACACAUGAUCCAUCAUCAUGAUCCUCCUCCUGCUAUUGUUGUUUCUGCAGCAGCCCACAACAAUAAUCAUAUCUUAACACCAUCAACAACUAAUGGUCCCAUUUCUGCAACAAUUGAGGAUCAUGGUAAUAAUAACAAUCAUGUGCCUUUCAAGAAGAUGAUCAGAUACAGGGAAUGCCUCAAGAACCAUGCAGCUUCAAUGGGUGGAAAUGCAACUGAUGGGUGUGGGGAGUUCAUGCCUAGCGGGGAAGAAGGCAGCCUUGAGGCUUUGACUUGCUCAGCUUGCAACUGCCAUAGAAACUUCCAUAGAAAAGAGAUUGAAGGUGAGCCCUCUUCCUGUGAUUGUUUUCUCAGCCCACAUCUCAACAGGGUUGGGAGGAAAGUCAUUGUGGGGCAUCAUCAUAAGAGUCUGUUAGGCCCUGAAACUUUUGGGUACCCCACAGGAGGAGCUCUCAUCCAUUCCAGGGCGGCGCCACCACAUCACCCCAUGAUAAUGUCCUACAACAUGGGGUCUCUCCCAUCAGAAUCUGAUGAACAGGAUGAAGCCGGUGGCGGUGGCGGCGGCGGCGGCGGUGGUGGGGUGGUGAACCGCCCACCUCAUAUUAAUAAUCAUCAUCAUCAUCACCAUCAGCUGAUGAAGAAGAGGUUCAGGACUAAGUUCACUCAAGAACAGAAGGAGAAAAUGCUCAACUUUGCUGAAAAAGUUGGAUGGAAAAUUCAAAAGCAGGAAGAAGGUGUGGUGCAACAGUUCUGUCAGGAAGUUGGUGUCAAAAGAAGAGUCCUUAAAGUUUGGAUGCACAACAACAAGCAUAAUCUGGCCAAGAAGAACAUCAACAACAACAAUAACAACUCUGUUUCCAGUAACAUUAUCAGUCCUCAAAAUCAUCAAGUUUAAGCAGGAGAGCUAGCCCAGAUUAAAAAAAAAAAAAAAAGAAAAGAAAGAAUUCUCCGCAGGGAGUAGCUAGCUGUUUCUUUUGCCUCUUUGUUGGUUUUUUUCUUCUCCCCAUUUUCUUGGGGCCUUUUUGACUUAUUAAUCCCUGCAUUAGUUUUUUAGGCUUAUUGUUAAUUUAAAAUAAAGAAGUUGGUAUUGGAUUAAUGUAUUAAUUAUUGUAGCAGAAGGGGAGAGAAAGCUUCCAUUUCUAUGGUUAUUUUAAUCCCUUUAUCAUUGUUGUGUACUACUAUUUGGAUAAUGAAAUAAACUCAGUCUGAUCAGUAGGAUAUUCAAUGUACGGAUGUACUUAGUGUUGUGUGAUGAUAACAAUAAUAAUAAUUAAACAAAUGGCUCUUCA